AUGUCUUCAAAACGUUUUGUCCUUCUACUGAUUACUUCUUGGUUUCUGGCAACAUCAAUCCGCAGAAUCUGUGGAAAAGAGGAUCCUCUAGAUUCUAAGAGGUACAAAUUUCUUUACUUUAUCUCCACUGUGGAAGGCAGCCAUUAUUCAUCCUUCUCCAUUUCGGGCAAGGAACUGGUCAAGCAAGGCCACAAGGUAAUUUCGCUAGUCAGUAGCUCCAACAGUCGACGGUUGCAGACGGCCGACCCCGACUUCUCCGUCGUGGUGUUCAACUCGUCCUACACACCUGAGAAACGAGCUGCCGUCAUGGAAAAAAUCGGAAAAGUGAUCGCCACGGGAGCCAUGCGAGGUUUCUUUUGUCAUUUGGAGAGCUUUAUGAAGGGGAACUUAGACGGCGAGUUGAAUUUAGGGGCUAUGUGGCUGCGCGAGUGCGACGACCUGUUAGGAGACAAUGCAACCAUGAGGCGGCUCCGACAGGAGAGAUUCGACAUGAUGGUUGCCGAUGACACCGUCCCCUGCGUUCCGCUCUUGGCACAAGCUCUGGACAUUCCCUUCGUCUACUGCUCCGCUAUUAGCCCGAUUCCCUCGAAAAAUGGUGUGUGGGCAGGGUUACCGAUUGAACCUUCCUACAUCUCCGAGGCUGUGGUUGGUUUCACAGACAGGUUGACGUUUCUCCAACGGGUCCAGAAUGUCCUGGCCCACGAGUACUACAAACUCUUGUGGUUCCUAGCGUUCAACUUCAAAACCUUCGAUCAGCUCAAAGUUAAGCACAACAUCCGGCCGGAGAUCAGCACUUACGAAUCCAACAAGCAAGCCUCACUCUACUUGUUCCACGGGAGCUUUGCCUUGGAAUUUCCCAGACCCAUGCAACCGAACACAGUUUACGUCCUCUAUAAAAGCACGGCAGCAUUACCCACCGGAGUCAAGCUGGCAGACAACACCAAGGUUGUUGGAUGGCUGCCAUUAUCCCAGAUAAUGGAGCAUGCCAACGUUAAAGUGUUCGCGAGUAACGGCGGUAGUUUUGGUAUGUACGAGGCGAUGUGGGUUGGACUACCAAUGGUGGGCCUACCGCUAUUCGGAGACCAGAUGGGUAACUUCGAUCGGCUAGAGGACCGUGGGGUGGGAUUAGCGCUUGAUAUCACCACCUUAACACCAGAGUCGUUGAGUCAAACUAUCCAGAAAGUCAUCUCUGAACCAAGGUUCCGUGACAACGCACGGCGUAUAUCCAUGAUCAUGCGGGACAUGCAGGUCAUGUCUCCCCCAGGCAAGACGGUCGCUCACUGGAUCCUGCACGUCACCAAGUUCGGCGGAGAUCAUCUGCGCCCGGCUGUACUGGACCUGAAUUUCAUCCAACGGAAUCUUCUCGAUGUCUAUCUCUUUAUUGCGGCCGUCUUGGCCUUGUUCUUGGGGUUGAACUUCUAUCUGUGCUACUGCUGCUGUAAGUGUAUGUGCGUUAAGGCUUGGAAAAGCAAUCUGAAAAAGGACUAAACGAUUUAUUUGGGUAACCCAGACAGAGUUAUCAGUUGCCACUAACACCAACUUUCACGUUUGUAAAUUUCGGCUUUAAUCCUAUAAGCAAUUUUUCCCCCAAUGAACAAAGAAGUUCGUGGCUACAGAAACGUGCUUGGUUACAACAAUUGUAGCUAUAGAUUUAUACCAGCUGCAAUCUGCAAGCUUUAUCGUAGUCACGCACGUUCUCGUAAAAUCUCGUAGGAUUGUCUAAUCGUGGCGGGCUCCUAACUCUGCAGAAACAGUAAAAAAUAGGCAGCUGUUCGGACCUUGGCGAAAUGUGCGAAAUGUAGUGAAAGGCUUUUACAUUAUAUCCUCCGCUGAUAAAUUAGUUUUCAUGCAAACAUGCGUAGAAGUGAUCAAUGCAGCACGAAAAACAAGCACUGGCCGCGCACUGGUAAUGGAGACAAAGGCAACCAUGUUGCUUGAUUUUUGUCAAAUUUCGCAGGAUGUAAUUUGUACCGUAUUAAAUGGAAAUUUAUGUACAAGGUCACGUAGCGCCAAAAUAACAUGUACUUGGUAUACAAUCUAAGUAGGUUUUUUCGGACUAACAUAUAUAGCUGACAAUAGAGUAAUCCACGUUUCAACGACAAUGGUUGACUUCUUUCUGAUUUGAACAAAAACAUGUAUUCUUUUCUGAGAUUGUAAUGUUAAUUUGACCCUUUAGAUUUUGUACAACAAAAAUACAAUACGUUUGUGUACUAAUGAAUAACGUGAGACACGGGACAGUCUACAGAUGGCAACCCAGUCUCACUUUUUAAAUUGAAAACUGUUGCUUCAAUAAUCACACGAAAGGAGUUUCAAAGGCACCAAAAAAUGGCAAGCAGGAAGAGAGGGAAUUCGUUGUCGCACAUCACACUCACAAACCUGUGUACAUUGUGUGUACAUUCAGGACAGAAGUGAGAAAACCCCUUUUUUAAUAGGCCCAUUACCGUGCACCAGCCAUCAUAAUGUUUUCAUUGAUUAUUCAAUUCACUAACAGUGAGUGAACAAAAGUCAUACCCUGGCAUAUCUGUGCUACCCAAAACAAAACACCUUCAAUAUGGCAGCUAAGCAGAGUCUAAUAAGAUAUAUCUAAUAAAGGUUUUCAACUGAGAACGUCAGUGUAUUCAAAACAGCGUUCAAAACUGCAAGUGUCUGACCAUAUGUUCAUGAAUGAACAGAGGCACAACAAGAUCUUGAUUGGAAAUGCUAAGGCCAACACACGGUCCUGUAUUACCGUUUAAUAAAGACAAUUCAUUGUGCCUUCUGUACCUUUAACCCCAAUCAUCGCAAGGGUAACAGGAUUCUGUGUCAUCUAUACUGAACCUCAAGGGUUAAGGCCAUUCCCCACCAGGAGAAAGGCUUUCGAUAUGUAAUCCAGAACAAGCUCCUCGAUCCGUGUGGAUGAUGUGGGAUCUAGAGGUGGUGUAUUUUUACAAGGGAAGAACCACUGCCUAGACCGGUCAUGCCCCCGGCAUUCAAUGUAUACGAGAAAAGUAGGAUUUUAAUGCAUUUAUACAAAUUACUAAGCUUGUACCAGAACAGAAAUAUUAAACACCGGUGCUCAUGCAUAAUUUUGUGAGAGGUUUUAACAUUUUACACUUACACCGACAAGUUCGUGUAUACCAGGGAUUUUUAGACGGGAUUCUCUGUCUCUGUAGCCAAGAUUUGAUGGAAUAA